CGACCGUAUGAAUUACAUGUUUGGCGGAGGAAUGAGAAAAUGUCCGGGCAGAAACCUAGCAAUGGUGGAGCUUAAAGCCACUUUAGUAAUGCUAUAUCGAAAAUAUGACAUUGAGCUGAUGAGUCCAUUAAAGGAAACUAUCAAGACG